AUGGGCAAUCCAAACAGGCGCGCACAGGCCGGAGGUGACGGGGAGGCGGGCACGUGGUCAUGCGGAGUCUGCUUCACCAAGGGCUUGUGCGGGGCGCGCCUGCAGUGCACGACCUGUGGCACCUGGGCGUCUCCUGGAGUGCGUGCGCGGCUGGAGCGGGAGGCCAAGAGGCGCAAGCUGGACCGGGAGAACCAGGGCAAGGGCGGCAGGAGCGGCAGGGAGGGAAGCGGCAAGGCGGGCGGCAAGGGCGACAGGGUCCCCCCGCCUCCGCCGUGGGCUCCCUGGUCUUGGCCCGCUCCGGGGGAGGCAGGCGGCUGGCCCAGCUAUUGGGCACCGCCCCAGCCGCCCACGCUCGGAGGAUGGCUGGACGCGGCCGCCCGGCAGCACAGCACCGGCAAGGACAACAAGGACGGCAAGGGCGACACGGUGUUGGCGGCCGUUGAUGCUCAGAUCCGUUCAUUGGAGGGCCUCCUCAAGGCCGACGGCGACAACGAGGACCUCGCGAAGGCCCUCGCCGGCGCCAAGGCCAAGAGGGAGCAGCACCUGGCUGCUAAGCGGGCCGCCCGUCCAAAGGGCAUCCAGCUACAGCAGCUGGACGACAAGAUCACGGGGGUCAGCAAGCGGAUCGCGGCGAUCCAGGAGACGGAGCUUGUCAAGCUCAAGGAGCAGCGUCAGAAGGCGUUGGAGGACUUCGACCAGCAGAUCGCGAAGCGGCAGGAGGAGCUGGAGCAGUGCGAGGCCCAGCGCACCUCCUUCCAGGCGGAGCGGGUCAAGCUCGCCAAGGAGGUUCAGGACGAGGGUGGCCCCGCCGUCGCCGCCCCCCACUUCGGACCGCAAGUGGUGGCCGAUCUUACGCAAUUCCUCGACCAGCUGCCCACCGUGCUCGCGAGCAUGCAGGGCUCCGCGGAGGUGCAGCAGCGCCAGGAGUGGGCCAACAGUGCCGACGUGGACGAGGCCGAGCGCAUCAAGCGGAAGGAGCAGCUCGCCGGCUUGCAGGCUUACGCCCUGCACCUGCACAACAGCAGCCUGUCGUGGCGGCGCCUGGAGGAUUUCCUCCAGGACCAGGGCGCGAAGGCAGUGCAGGAGGGCCGACUGCCCAUCGUGUUGGGUCAAGAGCAUGGCAAGGCGGCGCCAUGGUUUGCUGACGCCGCUGCUGGGAUAGCAGCCAAGGGCUGGCGCGUGCUGGGCGCCCCGGCCAAGCCCACGGAGGGCGGCAGCAGCGCGGGCGUGUCCAUCGCCCUGCCCACAUGCUUGACCGCGUCCUUCGCGCCAGGCCAGACGAGCUGGGACAUCAGCCCUCCAGGAGGCGAGGGCAGAUUGGCGAUGGCCGUUGUCACCAUCCCGGGCCUGGGCGCGAUGGCCAUCUUCAGCGUCUACAUGGUGACGUGCAUGAAGCUGGACGCCGCCGUGAAUGCGCAGAUCUUGGACGUCAUCGCCGAGUGGGUCAUCCAGCUACGGAUCCCGUGGGUGGUUGGCGGUGAUUGGAACAACCGUCCAGAUGACUUGGAGCGCAGCCCAUGGAACCAGGAGCUGCGAGGCUGCAUCAAGGCCACUGCCCACCCGGAGGGCACCUGCAAGAACAGCCAGGGCGACCACAGCACCAUCGACUUUUUCUGGCUAGAUUGCAAGCUCGGGCAGGCCUUUGGGGAGGUCACUCCGCACGUGGAGAUGCCGUUCAGGCCGCACCGGCCGUGCGCGAUGCAGUCCAUGGCAGAGGAGCAGGCAGAGGUGCAGCACCCACCUGUCCCGCCGCUCACGGGCACGCCGUCGAAAGACGGCCUGGACGCAGCGUGGUCGGUCUUCUGCGACACCGCCGACAGCCAGCUCCAGACCAUUUUCGGCAUGUCGGACCUCCGGGCCUCGAAGUAUAAGGGUCGAGGGCAGGCGCCACGCUUGGUUGAGAAGGAGCUCCUUCCAAAGUGCCCGAGCGCGGUCAACAGCAGAGGCCCCGCAUGGGCAUGGCGGUGGCUGUCGGUGGAGCUCUCGUGGAUUGGCGUGGCGGCCAUCCACGUCGUGAGGCGGGGCCUGCCUGCCGGGUCCCCGCCAGUGCUGGAAAGACGGAGCGGCGAUGAGGUAGACGGCAGCGUCCAGGUCAAGCAGUACCAGGCGGCGGUCGUCAGGUUGCAGGCGUCUGCAUUGAUUAUGGGCCUAUUGGAGGUGCCCCUCACGGUGGACGUCAUCCGCGUGUUGGAGGGCAUCAAGGAAGCGGCGAAGGCACGUGCGCAGGAGUGGGAGGUGGCCGUCAUGAGGGAUAGGAGCCGCAAGUUCCGUGAGAAGCUCGACGAGAAAUAUCCGGGCUCGGCGGGCCUGCUGCACAAGGUCUGCGCGUGGCGUGCUGCGUGGCUCCCACCGCGGGGCUCCGUCAGCAAGGCUGCUCUCCCUGCUCACCCCCAGCAGGCGGUCGAGCAGGAGGCAAAGGAGUGGGGUGCCGUGUGGCAGGCGGAGCAGGGCCCGUACGCCAAGCUCUGGGUGGGCCAGGGCCGCAGCCUCGGCACCAUCGACACCGCGCGGCUGCGCAAGAUCUGCAGGGCUUACAAGGAGCGCGCGGGCGUCAUCGGCUGGCACCCGAGACACUGGAGCUGGCUUAGCGACGACCUGCUCGAGUACUUGGGCGUGAUGUUGGAGUGGUGCGAGCAGCUGCGCGCAUGGCCCACAAGCAUUCGGCUCUUGGUGAUCUUCAUCUUGGGCAAGACGGACGGGGGGGGAAGGCCGAUCUGCCUGUUGCCCACGCCCGUCCGCAUCUGGGAGGGCAGCCGCGCCCACAUCCUCGAGGCUUGGGAGGCGGAGAACAGCAGGGACUACGACUGGGCGGCCCCAGGGAAGAGCAGCGAGCAGGCGGUCUGGCGCGUCAUGCUGGACGACGAGGCCUGGGGGGAUAGCGGCUUCUGCUCGACCAGCGUCAUGCUGGACGUCACGAAGGCGUACGAGCACGUGUCCCUCAACCUGCUGUGGGUCUUUGCCAUCAUCAUGCGGUGCCCUCUCGACCUCGUCGGCCUCGCGCUGGAGGCCUUUUCGGCCCCGCGCUACCUGCGACGGGAGGGAGCAGUGGCGGACGCCGUCACCACCUUGGUUGGCUUGCCGGCAGGAUCGAAGUAUUCGAAUAAAUUGCUGAAGGUGUUCAUGUUCUGGGCCUUGGGCCUGGUACUUAAGGGGUGCCCCUUAGCGCAGCUCAUCCUGUACGUGGACGACAUCACGCUGCGGUUGAUGCACUCCGCACCGCACCUCAGGCGUGAGGUGAUGCGAGCUGUGCGCUUCCUCAUCGUGCUCCUGGAGCAGGCUUUGGGGCUUCCGCUAGCGCGGGGUCCCGAGGGCAAGUGCGUCUUCGUCGCCAGCACCGAAGAGGCCAGGGGCCUGCUGCAGGCACCGAUGCUGGAGCUCGGCAUCAAGGAGGGCAGCGUGGAGCGAUGGCUGGGCAUUGACUACAACCCGCAGCAGAAUCGCAAGAACAGGCCCACCAGGCAGAAGCGGCUGGCAACCGCGAGGCACAGGUGGAGGAAGGCCGCGUGGCUCCGGCGAAGGGGCAUCAAGGUGCGCAGGUUCGUGUCCCAGGGGGUCGCCCCCUCCUUGGCCUACGGGGCUACGUGCGAAGGCACCCCACCGCACAUCCAGCACUUCCUGGCGGCCAAGCUCAAGGCAUCCAGGGCGGGGUCAGGCCCUUUCCGUUCGGCCACGAUCAACGCGGCGCUGGAGGGCGACCUCGUGGCCGAGACGGCGGCAACAGCCCCACUCUUGGCUUGGGCGAAAGAGUGCUGGGACCACAAGAGCAUGCACGGGGGCCUGCAGCGCGCGUGGGCACGGCAGCAACGACGUCUGGCCCCGUACCUGCAGGGCGAUACCACCAGCAAGGAGCGGUGGGCGGCCGCGCGAGGGCCUGCGGCGGCCACCAUUCUCACGUGCCGCGAGCUGGGCUGGCGGAUGGUAGACUACCACACCAUCGACACGAAUCCGGGGGGCCCCGGGGACGACGGCAGCGCGCCAGGGGCCUCCGCGCCGCCAGGCAACUCGGCGGCCGUGGGCCUGCGACGGCCCGAGCUGUUGCCAGACGCACAAGGCGCCCGAGUCAUCGACAUGUUGCGCGAGUGUCCGAAGGAGGUGGCGGCGCGGGCUAAGGAGACCCUGAGCGGCGUCAAGCUCGACACCUGGGUGGCGAGCAGCGGGCGCGAGGUGCUCAGACCGAGGCCUUGGCUGGCGCCGCUCCGCCAGUUGCAGAAGAAGCAAUUGGCGAAGGGUUGGACCAAACACCACCGCAAUGCGGCGAAGGUGGCAACGCUGGGCGGUUACCCGGAGCAGCGGGCCCUCUUCGCACAGGGCAGGGCGGAGAGCCCAGACUGCCCUCUGUGCGGGCAGGAGGAAGGCAGCAACAUGCACCUCUACUGGCGGUGCGCGGCGCCCCAGUGCCAGGAGGCGAGGGCGAAGCUGUCAGACCACAAUGGACGAAUGGCUGUGGACACGUGGACUCAUGGCCGACCCAACUAUCGGUGUCACCUGAAGCUGCCAGCCGCCGAGCAGCACUGGGGGCGCAUGGACGGCCCAGGGAUAUUCGACGGGAGAGUGGCUACAGAUGGCUCGGUGGUCAAUCCGAGCUGGGUCCGCCUUCGCGCGGGCGGUUGGACGGUCGUGAUGUUCGAGCGGGGCGAGCUCGCACAAGGCCUGUGGGGCCCCCUCCCCGUACCGGCAACGAGCAGCCUCGUCGCGGAGCUGUGGGCGUUGGCAAUGAUGCUGCAGCACGCGGGUUUGGUGACCGAGGUGCUCUUAGACAACCAGGCGGCCGUUGACGGGCUGUUGUCGGGGCGUGCCCGCUGCUGCAACAGCGCGGCCCUCUGUGCGCACCUAUGGACCUGGAUCUGGGACCUGCUGGACGAGCGCGACCUCAGCCCUGGCGUCAGUCUGGCGGUGGUGAAGGUCAAGUCCCACACGUCCCAGAAGCAUCGGGCGAAGAUGGACGAGGUGGACCAGGAGCGCUACCGCAUGAACGAUGCGGUGGACAAGCUGGCGAAGCAAGGAGCCCAGUGCCCGGUCCCCGAGUGGGCGGUGGCCCUGGCCAAAUCCCGCAGCAGGCAGAUCAAGCGGGUUAUGGAGUACGUGGCAAGUUUUCGCGUGCUGUUGGCGGGGGUCGCCACAGCAGUGGCCGAGAGGAGGGGGCCGCGGCAUCAGGGGAAUGCUGGACGUCGCCCGCCAGUCCAUCGUGGUCACGAGUUGGUCCUCCACGGGACGACGUGGCGUUGCCGCCACUGCAAGGCCCACUGUCGCACGCAGGCGGGCAAGCGGAAGCUGGACCGCGAGGAGUGCAGACCUGCGGCCGAGGUGGAGGCCGCGCGAGCAAAUCGGCAGGCGCGGCGGCGCCGGCAGGGCGAUCCGCCGCCUCCGAGGCGGGGCGCUGAGGGCGACGGCGGCGGUGACGGCGGCGAAGGCUCGCCCCGCCCUGGGCGCCCCGACGUGCCGCGGCCGCCCCCCGCCCCUACGCGCGAGCACCGCUGGGUGACGGCCGGCGACUUCGUGGUGUGCCGCGUGUGCGGGGCGUUCUACAGGUGCCGAGCUCGACGGGCCCUGGAUGGCUGCACAGGCAAGCUCACCAACGCCCCGAGGGACCAGGCGCGGCGCCGACGCCGAGACCGAUUGCUGGAUGGGCGCAACCCCUACACGGGCGUUGCGAUGGGCGGCGAGGUCGUGGAGGGUCGCGCCCGCGACGCCUGA